CGUAUCGAGUUGCCAUCCAUUACGAAUGGGAGUACUUACAGUUAUGAGUAUUUCAUCGGGCUUUAAAACGUGCACAUGCGACGAGUAUAAAAUGUCUGUAAUAAAAGGCUGUAGCAAGCAUUGAUUAUUCAGUACUUCGACGAGUCGCAACUUACCGAGCGGUCAGUCCCACCAGCAACCAACCAUCCAUCCAGCAUCCCAACUAUACAAAAAAUCAUUGGCUUAACCGCUACGCCGCCAACUAAAAAAACCCUUAUUCAGCCAAUAAUUUACACGUGUGUUUGUGUGUGAAGCAAGAAGCAGCAGCCGAAACCGUGUCCCAUUUACACCAAGAAGAUUGCGUAAUACCUCAUUAAAGAUGAAGUUUGUUAUUGUAUUUGUUGCUGUUUGCAUUGUCUCCGCCAUUGCUGCGCCAGCGCCACAGCAAGAAGUACAGGUUUUACGUUACGAUUCCGAUGUGGAGCCCGAGGGAUAUAAAUUUCUUGUUGAGACCAGCGAUGGUAAAUUACACGAGGAGGAGGGCAAGCUGAAGGAUGUCGGCACUGAUCAUGAGGCGAUCGUUGUACGUGGUUCCUUCUCUUAUGUCGGCGAUGAUGGUCAAACCUACACCGUUACCUACAUAGCCGAUGAAAAUGGCUUCCAGCCGGAGGGCGCUCAUAUACCACGUGUCUAAGACGAGUGAAAUUGUUCGUCAGCUUUCCUUUUCUAUCACAAAACCAAUCUGAUCUGUACGAGUACUGAGUUUCAAACGAGCGGGCAUAUCCAGCGAUUUUACAUUCAUUGUGUUAACUAGGUUUAAGCUACAUACACACACAUACUAUUUACAUAAGUGAACAAGAAGAACACAAAACAUUGAAGUGCGAGCAUGAGCAAAUAAAUACAUUAUGUUAAUGACUUCAAAUAA